AUGGAUUUGGCCAAGAAGGUUCUUCUCCCUCCAGGAGGGCUCUGUUUAAAGUGGAGCAAGGCUCACCCCAUUGGCGCUGGCCUACAGAACAUGGGGAACACCUGCUUCCUAAACUCAGCUCUGCAGUGUCUCACCUACACUGCACCCUUGGCCAACUACUUGUUGACACGUCAGCACACCAAAAAGUGUGUUGAAACAGAGUUCUGCAUGAUGUGCACAAUGGAAAACCACGUCAUUGCUGUUUUUGAGAGCUCUGGGGACGUUGUUCGUCCCAUAGAUAUUGUCAGCAAGAUUACAAAUAUUGCUGAUCAUUUCCUGAAUGGACGGCAGGAGGAUGCUCAUGAGUUCCUGCAGCACACGCUGAACGCCAUGCAGAGAUCCUGUUUGUCCAACACAUUGGAAGGAAUCAUCAUGAACACCACCGUCAUCGAUCAACUGUUUGGCGGGUACCUCAGGUCCAGAGGCAAGUUUUCAGUUCAUUCUCUGCCGUGCGUGAAGUCAGUGGAAUGUUCAGCAUGUAAAGAGGUGUCUGAUACAUACGAGGCUUUUCAGGAUCUCACUCUGGACAUUGAGAGCGCUUCCAGUGUCUCCAAGGCUCUGAAGCGUUUUGUGAAGCCGGAGAAGCUCGGGGGUGAAAAUUCCUACAAGUGCUCAAAGUGCUUGGAAAUGGUCUCAGCGAAAAAGAGCCUGAGAAUCCACCGCAGCCCUGACGUGCUCACCCUGUCCCUGAAAAGAUUUGGGUACUUCUCCACCAGGAAAAUCACAAAGGAUGUGAAGUUCCGGGAGUUUCUGGACCUGCGGCGCUUCAUGUCGGAGGCGGAAGGCGAGCCCCAAAUCUACAGCCUCUACGCCGUGAUGGUUCACGCCGGAGCCCGCUGCAACUCGGGGCACUACCUGUGCUUCAUCAAGGCUAGUGACGGUCAGUGGUACAAGAUGAACGACUCUUCCGUGUCUGUGAGCGACAUCGAUACCGUCCUCAAGCAAGAAGCUUACGUUCUGUUUUACAUUAAAUCCACUGAUACGUCAGCAGAAGGGGGCUGCAGCCACCAAACGGGGGUCUGUGGUCGGCCGUCUCCACCGCUGGUGACGCCUCACACCAGCACUGCCGUCCCCCAGUACGACAGUGGCUUCAUGGAUCUUCAGCCGGAGCCAAACACGUCAAAGACUUCACCCCAUUUACACGGAGAUGGGUUUGUGGAUGAAGUCUCCUGGGAUAGCGACUUUUUAUCCAUGCUUCAAAGUUAUGGAAACGAAAAGAGCUCCGGGAGUCCUCUUCCUUCCGCUUUCGCUGCUCCUGAUAGACAAGAACAGAGUCUACCUGAAUUCUCUGACGCGUCGGCAGCAGGGGACUACGGAAACGUUAGUCUCGACGCAGGGAUCUGUGGCUUCACGGAUCCCCAGCUGGAGCCAAACACCACCGAGACUUCGCCCCAUUUACAAGGAUACGGGACCAUGAAGGGGCGAGUCUACAGAGACAGGAGCCCGCUGCGAGAGAGGUGCUGUGAUUGUCUUCGAUGCAGAUUCGUCUACGGAAGUCCCUAUAAUCCAUGCGAACGUAACUUAUGUCAAACUGAAUGCAAUUACAGGGACUGGGAGCCUGAGACCAGACGCCGUCCAACUGCCCUUCACCCCAGGGAGCAGCGUCAUCAGGGGGACUCCAACUACCACCACCAGCACCUUUCUCAAGUGGACCAGGAACGGGAAAGGUACUGUUUAGAGAGUCGAGAGUCCCACACAGUAAGUUCCCAGUCGGCCCCUAAAGGAGAACGUCAGGGCCACAAAAGGACUGCUGAUCAUCUGAGGCAAGAGAGAGAUGACAGCUCCGAGUUCCACCCCUCCAAAAGAUCCAAGAGAAGCAUGGAUUGA